CCCCGUGGAGGAGGCUUCGGAACGAUAACACACAAGAACCCGGACACACAGAGAGACAAAACAGGCGGCUCUUCCAGCACCGAGGCACAGCUCCCCUGCCCACGCCCGGCUGCCUGUGACCAGACACGUCCCUGUAGGGCCACAGGCCUCCCAUCAGGAUGGGGAAACCCCAGAGCAUUUCAACACGGUUUUCCAUACCUCACCCUGCAGCUCUACGAGAUGUUUUCCUGGUUCAUGCACUUCCUUCCGGGAGCCCACAAACGGAUCUUCCGAGACCUGGAGGACAUCAACAGCUUCAUCCUGGAGAGGAUCAAAGCCAACCAGGCAUCUCUGGACCGUGAUAACCCGCGGGAUUUCAUCGACUGCUUCCUCCUCCAGAUGGAAAAGGAAAUUCUCAACCCCGCCACGGAAUUCCACCUCCGAAACUUGGUGAUGACUGCGUUCAACCUGUUCUUCGUUGGGACCGAGACCGUCAGCUCCACCCUGCGCUACGGACUCCUGAUCCUGCUGAAACACCCGGAGGUAGAAGAGAAGAUGACCCAGGAGAUCGACCAGGUGGUAGGGCGCAGCCGUGUGCCGGCCGUGGUGGACCGGAGCCGGAUGCCCUACGCCGAUGCCGUGAUCCAUGAGAUUCAGAGGUUCAGCGAUGUUAUUCCCAUGAACCUCCCGCACGCCCUGACCCGGGACACCCACUUCAGGGGAUACGCCAUUCCCAAGGGCACGGAGGUGUUCCCGGUGCUGAGCUCUGUGCUGCGGGACCCCAGUCGCUUCAGGGACCCCGAGAGAUUCGACCCCGGGCGCUUCCUGGACGAGCAGGGUCACUUCAAGGCGAACGAGGCCUUCAUGCCAUUCUCCACAGGGAAGCGGAUCUGCCUGGGCCAGGAGCUGGCCAGAAUGGAGCUGUUCAUCUUCCUGACGGCCAUCCUGCAGAACUUCACCCUCAAGUCCCCCGUGCCCCCCCGGGACAUCGAGCUCAAGCCGCCAGCCAGCGGCUUUGCCCACGUACCUCCCUGCUACCAGCUCUGCGUGGUGCCACGCAGCGGAGGGAGCCAGGCGAAGGAGGAGCGGCCCAAAGAUCGUCCGCAGGGGACAGCGGGGGCUCCGCCGAAUCACACACCCCCAGCAGCCAGCCCAAAUGCAGGGCCUGGGGUGCUAUUCCCGUGAGGAGGAGCAAUGGAAGAGAGGAAUCCGGUGUUUCUUCGAUGCUCUGUUUAUUUGCAAAUGUAUCAAGCCCCGUCUCCCCAACCACAGAAGGAAUCAAAUAACAGGAGGGGGUUUCUUUGCUCAGAGCUCCACUCCUCUUCGCAGACAGCCCUCGGCCCCAAAAACUCUCCCUUUUUCUCCGGGCCACACUCCUAGGGCUUCCCCUGGCUGUCUCCUCGCCUUUUUGCUCCUGCUCUGUGCCUAUUUCUUGCUGCUUCGCUCUCACACAGAGCCACAGAUGGAUAGGAGUGUGCGUGUGGGGACAGAGAGAUGCAUGGUCUAGUUAUUACGUCACCCUGCCUUGAGUGCAGGGGACUGGACUAGAUGGCCUCUCGGGGUCCCUUCCAGUCCUACACUUCUAUGAUUCGAUGCAUAUGGGGGGUGGACGGGUGCACGUCAUGAUGAACAGUCAUAGAAAUGUGGGGCCGAGGUCACUGAGUCCAGCCCCCUGUGCUGAGGUAGAACCAAGUAACCCGAGACCAGCCCUGACAGGGGUCUGCCCAAACUGUUCUUAAAACCCUCCAGUGACAGGGAUCCCACAGCCUCCCUCGGACGCCUGUCCCGGAGUGUCACUCCCCCGAGAGUUCGAAAGUUUGUCCUCGUAUCGAACUGAAAUCUCCCUCGCUGCAGAUGAAGCCCCUGACUUGUCCUGUCCUCAGUGGACACGGAGAGCCAUUGGUCACCGUCCUCUUUAUACCACAUGCUCAGGUCCCCACUGGGCGCAGUCUGCUCUGCUCAAGAGGAAACAGACGCUUUUGUCAACCUUUCCUCCCAGCUCAGGUUUUCUAAACCUUUUCCCCUUUGUCCUGCCCUCCUCUGGACUCCAAUUUGUCCUCAUCUCUCCUAAAGGGCAGCCCCCAGACCUGGACACAGGGCUCCAACCGGAGCCGAGCACAGGGGGACAGUGACCUCCCGCCUCUGACAUCCGACAUGCCGGGCAAUACACCCCACAAUGAGAUCGGCCAUUUUCAUAACUGCAUUGCGUCGUGGGCUCAGAUUCAUUCGAACCCCCGGCGGCUUUCCAGCAGUUCGGCCACCCAGCUGGUUCCCCCCCAGGCUGGAAUUUUUCCUCCCUACGUGCGGUACUCUGCACUUGUCUGUAUUGAAUUUCAUCUGGUUGAUUUCAGACCAAUUCUCUCAUUUGUCGCGGUCGUUUUGAAUUCUCAUCCUGCCCCCAAAGUGCCUGCAACCCCACCUGCCUGGGUGCCACCCGCAAAUUCUACACCAAGCCCGGGCCUGCCAUCUCCAAAUCAUUAACGAACGGUGGAAUGGCACCAGCCCCAGGACCACCGCCAGGAGGGCUCGACGAGAUCCACCCUCCCCGUCUGACAGCCAAGCCUCGAUCAUUUCUGGCUGCGAGUGAUCUUUGAAUCAGAUGGGCACCCGCCUCAUAGUAACUUCAUCCAGGCGGCGUUUCCCUAAUUUGCUCAUGAGAAUGUCAAAAGCCAAGAUCUCUCCCGUCUCCUGUUUCACCCAGAUGCGGAGUAAGGUUUCCUGGGGCCCUGGCAAGUGGGAGGCCCCUCCCCUCCCUUUCCAUCUGUGGUCCCGCCCCCA